AUGAUUCUGGAUUGUGUGCAGGCCAAUAAGUGGAGGCCUAUGCCUUUGGGCAAGAAGGGCCCUUUAAUCUCACAUUUAAUGUUUGCAGAUGAUCUAAUCCUUGUUGCUGAAGCUAAUAAGGAUCAGGCGGAGUGUAUAUGUCAAUGUCUGGAAAAUUUUUGCACAGCGUCUGGGCAAAAAGUCAACAAACAAAAGACAAAUAUUAUGUUCUCAAAGAACAUUGAUGAAGCUGUGGCAAGUAAUAUCCUUCUGUAUAGCGGGUUCUCCAGAACAAAUGAUUUAGGGAGAUAUCUGGGUAUUGAUAUUACCAAUGGGAGGAGAAAAGUCCAGCGAUAUAAUGAUCUAUUGGAAAAGAUAUCGCGCAAAUUUGCGGGAUGGAAAGCAAGCUGCUUAUCUAUGGCGGGACGAGUGACCUUGAUUAAGUCUGUCAUGGCAAGUAUGCCUAUUUUUACCAUGCACACGGAUAAGCUUCCAGUAGCGAUAUGCAAUGUUGUUGAACGUAAACAAAGGGCAUUUAUGUGGGGUCAUGAUCCAGAUAAGAGAGAGGGCUUGUGGGUGAAGGUUCUGAAAGCAAAAUAUGGCCAUCGGGCUGAGAGGAGCUUACACGAAACAGAGGGCUUGUGGGUGAAGGUUCUGAAAGCAAAAUAUGGCCAUCGGGCUGACUGGAGGCGUCUUGCUGUUGCCAAACAGGGGGACUCGGAUACAUGGAGGCAGUUGGCCCCUAUUUGGAACAAGGGCCUACAUCAUAUGGUUUGGUCUAUUAAAGGUGGUAGGGAUGUUAGAUUCUGGCUCGACAGGUGGACAGACCUUGAUGUCCCACUUAUACAGAAAGCACUACUCCAUAUCCCUCAUGAAAAGGCAGCAGCCACUAGGACCAAUGAUUUCAUGUUGGUCUACAGAAGGUCUAAAAAUCUAGAAGUCGUCGGUUAUUCAGAUUCAAAUUUUGCAGGAUGUGCUGAUAGCAGAAAAUCAAUAUCAGGUUAUAUAUUUCUGCUCGCUGGAGGAGCAGUUUCUUGGAAAAGUGUCAAGCAGUCCUUAGUGACGACAUCCACCAUGGAGGCAGAGUAUGUUGCUAUUUUUGAAGCAACAUUGCAUGCCUCUUGGCUCAAGAAUUUCAUCAGUGAACUAAAGGCAGUUGUACAGUUUGUAAAGAACAAGAAUUUUUCUAGCAGGAAUAAGCACAUCGGUGUGAAGUACUUGUUAGUCCUUGAUAAGGUCGAACAAGGAUUGAUUGAGGUUCCUCAUCUGCCGACUCAGUUGAUGAUUGUUGAUCCUUUGACUAAGGGAAUUUCUCCAGGGCUCUUCAAGGAACAUGUAUCCAAUGCAUCAUUUCAUUUCAGUGUGCAAACCUUGAUGCUGAAACCUACAAUGGCUCUCAUCAAUGCACCAUGGUCUGAGCUGAAUGUGGAAUGCAUGAUACCUCCUAGUCGAGACACUACACCAUAUCGGUUGCUUGUGGAGCUAGUGGGUAAAUUGGAAGGAGGUCUCUUAAAAAAUUUUCCUCUGCUUAUUAGGGAAAUAACAGCCACUGGUUCUCUUGAACAUGCUGUUCAAGUCUUUCGUUGGUUGAAAAAUCAAAAGAUCUAUUGUGCUCGGAGCGACAUCUAUAACAUGAUGAUACGGUUGCAUGCUAGACACAAUCGAACUGAUCAAGCACGUGGCCUGUUUUUUGAAAUGCAAGAAUGGAGGUGCAAACCUGAUGCUGAAACCUACAAUGCUCUCAUCAAUGCACAUGGUCGAGCUGGUCAGUGGCGUUGGGCCACAAAUAUAAUGGAAGAUAUGCUUCGUGCAGCAAUACCUCCUAGUCGAACUACAUACAACAAUUUGAUCGGUGCUUGUGGAGCUAGUGGUAAUUGGAAGGAGGCUCUAAAAGUUAGCAAAAAAAUGACUGAGAAUGGUGUUGGGCCAGAUUUGGUUACUCACAACAUAGUUUUAUCUGCUUUCAAAAAGGGGAGUCAAUAUUCUAGAGCACUGGCGUACUUUGAUCUGAUGAAAGAAACAAACAUUUGUUCAGAUACAAUCACUCUUAAUAUAGUCAUACAUUGUCUUGUAAAGCUUGGACAAUUUGACAAGGCUGUGGAUAUUUUCAACUCAAUGAGGGAGAAAAGAAUACAGUGCCUCCCUGACGUGGUAACAUUUACUAGUAUUAUUAAAGCGUAUUCAAUUUGUGGUCAAGUCGAAAACUGCAAAACAGUUUUUGAUAUGAUGCUUGCUGAAGGAAUAAAGCCUAAUAUUGUUUCAUAUAAUGCUCUUCUUGGUGCUUAUGCUUCACAUGGGAUGCAUGAAGAGGCUCUAGCUAUUUUUAAGUCACUUAAGCAAGCUGGCCUCAGACCAGAUGUUGUAUCCUAUACUUCAUUGCUCAAUGCUUAUGGCAGAUCUGGACAGCCUGAAAAAGCCAAGGAAAUCUUUGAUUUGAUGAAACAAAACUCAUGUAGGCCAAAUAAAAUAAGCUACAAUGCAUUGAUUGAUGCUUAUGGGUCUGCAGCAAUGUUGGCUGAAGCCGUUGAAGUUUUGCGUGAGAUGGAAAGUGAUGGCAUUCAACCUGAUGUUGUCUCAAUAAGUACUCUUUUGGCAGCCUGUGGACGCUGUGGCAAAACAGUAAAGAUUGACUACAUACUUGUAGCGGCUAAAUCUCGAGGGAUUAAACUGAAUGUAGUUGCUUAUAACUCGGCUAUUGGCAGCUAUAUUAGUUUCGGGGAGUAUGAUAAAGCUUUGGCAUUGUACCUGUCGAUGAAAGAGAAUAAUAUAAGACCUGAUUCUGCGACUUUCAAUAUAUUAAUAAGUGGUUCGAGUAAGAUGGGUAAGUAUGAGAAAUCCCUUGAGUUUUUUGACGAGAUGAGGAGUAUGAAUAUUCCAUUAUCUAAGGAGGUUGGCUCAUCAUUAAUAAGUGCUUGCAGCAGACAGGGUCAGCUGGAUAAAGCGGAGACCAUUUUCGCAAUGAUGAAGGAAGUUGGUUGCUCCUAUGAUGUUAUAUCGUAUACUACUAUGAUGCAUGCUUAUAGUACAGCUGGCGAUUGGAAGAAAGUUUGGGAAGUUUUUAAGGAUAUGGAAGAGAAUGACAUUCAACCAGAUCCUGUAGCAUGCUCAUUUCUUAUGGAAUCUCUUAAUAGAGGAUGCCAACCUACCCGGGUUCUUGAGUUGGCAGAGUUGAUGAGGGAGAAAAACAUCCUUUUAAAUUCGCGUGCCUCUUUUGAGGUCUUAUCUGCUUCAAGCAUAUUGAGAGAUUGGAGAAAAGCAAGUGAGAUCGUGGAACACAUGGACCUUUCGUUGUCAUUGACAUCAGUUGGCCUCUUGAAUCAACUUCUGCAUUUCCUUGGCAAAAGUGGGAAAAUUGAGACUAUGAUGAAGCUAUUUUAUAAGAUAGUGGCUUCUGGUGAAAAAAUCAGCUUCACAACUUAUUCUGUUCUCUUGGAGAACCUUUUAGCUGUUGGGAAAUGGAGGAAGUAUAUUGAGGUGCUACAGUGGAUGGAGGAUGCUGGAACUCCACCAUCACCUCAGAUGUACAUUAAUGUCCUUUCAUACACAUCGAGGGACAAAAAUACGGAGUAUUCUGUUCAGAUUCAAGAAAGAUUGCAUGCACUGAGACAAAAAAUUGCCUGAAGUUGGUGAGGCUUCCGGUGAAUUAAAACCGCCGCAUGGUCGCGAAGCAAUUAUGCCUCGAUAGAGGAAAGACAAGAUGAUGCCCUCCUACCUGUAAAAAUAUUCGAUAAGGUUGAUACUAUGACCGAGUUUUCCAACCUAAUCGUAGCAGUCUUUGAUGCGCGUCACUUUCAAGAUUCCAACAUGUAUUUGGCUCUCGCCACGUGUACCGUAUUAUACUUACGUAAAUAGGUUUGAUAUAAAAAUGACAACAAAUCCUUGUUUUUGCGUGUUCAAAAUAUAAUCUCAUUUCUUCAGCUGGUUAUCUUUUUGAAUGUUAUCGCUUGCGUGUGCUUACUACCGAAA